AUGCCGCCUCGAAAGCGACCAAGUAUUGCUGUUCCCGUUACCCCAACAGGCCGCAGCAGAAAGUCGCGAAGUGGGCCUGGGCACGCAUUAGAGGCAGAUGAUGAAUCCAUGGCAUCACCUACACCUGCCCAACAAGCAGGACAUGCUGCAGCAGGGCGGUACGUGGUGGCCGCUCCAGAGGCAGACGCCGAGCUGCAGGAGGAUGGCAGCAUCAUAGGAGAAGGAACUCGAGUCGCGAUUCUGUUCCAUGAGUCGUCCUUUGAUGCAGCAAUGCUACAGUUAGAAGCUGGGGGAUCUGAGAUGUCUGAAAGGAAUGAGACAGAUCUGGAGAUGCUGUACUUCGUCACCGAAGCAGAGGAUGGCCAGGUCGAGUUUCAUCUGCCUGAAACGGGCUUCAAGCAGACGUUGUCUCGAGGUGGAGAGGUCCUCGUCCCAGUGGGCGCAGCCUUUACUUUGAGGAACAUGAGUCCGACCAUUCCAGCUAAGCUGCUGGCAGUUGUUCCGCGGUAG